AUUGUCCCAUGAUGCAUUGCGGCGGAGAGUUGCGAUUUUUAAAUGUGUGCAGGAACAUUCGAACUCAUCCGACAAAUAUUUAACAACCUGCCUAAUCGAAAAUAUCCCAAUUAAUAAAAGUUAUAACUUCAAUAUAAUGAAACAGCCCUCUCCGCCUACUAAAAACAAAGUUGAAGAAAUGGGUAAGAUGGCAACAGCAUCGACGCUUAAUGUUCCUGAGGAUUCAACACGUCAUGGUUCCUCGGAAGGAAACACACUAGAGAGAGACUGCAGCGCAACAUCCAAUCAUCAGCAUUGCAAGACAUCUGAAAGCAACGCAGAGGAGGACGGCUGCGUCAACGUGGUCUUCCCAGGAAGUGUGACCCAGGAAGGCUGUUGCCGUUUCGUCAGCGAGGUCCUCAAAUGUGUUUUAUAUCAGAGACAACAACUGCCCAUGACCUUUGACCAGCUGGUAUACUCGCAGAGAAAACAGCAAGGCUCAAUAUCGGAUAAAGCUGCUGCGAACCAAAGACAAAUGCAUUUUGCUGAUUUAAAGUGGCGAAAGUGUCAAAAGACGCUACAGGACCUAGAGGAGCUUCUACAGCAGCUGGAGGUGCUGUUCUCUCUGAGCAAGGUUCCCCGGGUGCUGCUGCUCAUUGGUGGAUCCGUCGUCCUCCCCAAGGAGAUCUAUGAGAUCAACAUGGAGCAGCUGGUAUUGGACAGUGGGGAUGAGUGCCUCCGGGUGUCAUCAUGCUUAAGACAUCUCUUCCGCACGCUUUUUGUCGCCGACUUCUUGUCUGACACCAAACCGGUCCGUUUGACGACAACCGCAGUAUUAGCACUGGCCCACAGGGACUGUGGGGUAGGUUGGUUCCACCCUAAACUGCACUUUAAACUACCAACUUGUGUGAAAAACAAAAUCAUUGCACUUUCAAGUGAUCCAUGUAGCUGCAAGAAUACAAAGACAGACAAGGACUGUCAGGAAUAUGUUUGGUUUCAAGCACCCACGGCCAUCAAAGGCUUUUGUCUCUGAGUGAAAUGUGUUCUGUAUGAUGCUUUUUAAAUUAGAAGCCUCUAUUUUAAGACUUGACAUUUGUAUACAAUAUAUUUUAAUGAUUAUAAAACUUUUUGGGUUUACUGUAACUACCACAAUGUAU